GUUUAUUCACCCAAUUCCGUUUUCCAGCAACUAAAAACUCUCUCUACAAACCAAAACUCCGAUCUCCUCUCAGUUCAAUUCCCACCUUUCGGCAACCCCAAAAAUCCAAUCUUUUCCAAUUUCCCAGCUGAAUUCCAAGUGGGUUUUUCGUAAUUCUCGGUUCAUAUGAUCUGAUUCGAGUCACAAUUUUCUUUUCUUGAUUCCGCCGCCGGGAAAUGACCAUGGACCGAUCGGGCAAUUCGUCGCCGGGAAGCCCCGACCCGAAAUCAUCCUCCUCCGGUUUCGUCCUCUCCAUCGACUGCCUGAAAGGCGGCUCCAAGGCCGACGAGUGGACCGGCGACCUCCUCCAGACCGGUGACAUCGUGGAGGAGAUCGUGAUUCCGGGUCCCUGGUCGUCGUCGUCGUCGCGCGGCGGCGCCGCCGGGCAGUCGUACCGGGCUCCGUUCAAGAACGGGAAAAACGGGGUCCAGAAGAUUCUCCACGCGUCGUUCAAGCGGAAGGAGACGUCGAUUCUGGUCCGGGUCAGGCGGCGGGGCGGGAGCGAGGUUUCGGAGCUGCAGGCGUGUAUUGUACCGGAUUCCGGCGGGAAGAGCAGUAAGCAGUACAUAUUGAGGUCCAUCGACGACCCGAAUUACACCGCCGGGUUCUGCGACCGAACCGAGUCCGAGUGCUAUGAAUUGCAAGGUUCAAAAGGGUCAAGGAUGGUGAGCGCACUAUCGAGCUCCAAGCUUCAGGAUGGAUACGUAUCUUAUCCAUGGAGGAGGAAGAUGCAGGAGGUUCUGUCGGUUCCGAAUUCGAGCUGUUUCCUUUCCAUUCUCUUCCUCCCUGAAGCUUCGGAUCGAGUUGCUUCGGGUUACAACGACCUCGAGCACACCCUUGCCAGAGCCAAUGCGUGGCUCUUUGCAUCGCAGGCUAAUGGCGUCCCCAUUGUCUUCAUGAACAUUCAAACAGAGUCCCUUCUCACCAAGAUAUCUGGUGAGACAGCCUCUUCAACAGUGAGUGCAGGCUCGCUCUCCGACCUAUCGAACCUCGCGAAUGCGAGCUUGUACGGCUUCGAGGAUUACCACGGCGUGGACAUAGGCGUGGUGAGAGCCGUUCGGCUAUGGUACGCUCCGCUGUGCGGAGAGUUCUCCAUCGAGAUCAAGAUCAAGGAAGAUGACUCCAAGCUCGGGUUCGCCAUAAGUCGAACCGAAGAAGGGUUCAUCUACAUUUCCUCGGUGAUCGACGAGGAAGAAAAUGCAGCCUCGACGAGGUCCGGGCUCAACAAUCUCUACAAGGAAGCAACGUCCGCCUCCAAGUUGCUCGUUGUCUCCAGGGUUUCCAACCAGAAGGUGCUCCCUUGGAUUGUCUCGUCGACGGGAGCGAUUCGUUGCUACGACACCGUUUCGUUGAGCCAGAAGCUCUCCCUUCAUCGCCACGCAAAGGUUCCCAUCGUGAUGCAUUACUUCCUGUGGGACAGGGCGUUGGCCGGUCCGAGUCAGGGAAGUGCGAGGUAUGGUGGUAGGCCUGUUGGGAUCAGACCGCCGCGGCGGUCUGAUCCCGUCCCUGUUCGAACGGAUGUCGUGCAGUCAUCCCCUCCUGCGCGACAUUCGAACGAGAACCAAGUGGUCUCGCUUCCUCUGCCCCGAUCGUCACAAGUGGCUCCUAGUAACGAUGGUGAUGAUGGUGGUGUAGGAUCUGAAAUCAAGCUUGAGAGAGACACCGCAGGUGAACUAUCUUUCAGGUUUCAUGAGUUCUCCAUCUCUAACAAUUGGGUGUGAAUUAUGGAAUGUAAGCUUUCUUGUGUGUAAAGCUUGGCAUUGUGUAUAGAGAGGUGUUUUUGUAUGAAUACAAUGCUAGGUAACAUUUUUGUAAUGCAUAUUUAUAGUUGAUUA